AGACAGGAGGAGGCAGAGAGAUUUUCCUUGUGACAAUUCAGUGUUCAGAGAAAAGGAAAAGAGAUGGAGUUGAAGAAAAACAAUGAGGGCCCAUGACGAUCUCGCAACCUACACCUCCUUUUGCUAAUUAUUUAUAUGCGUGGCAUUCCCCCUGAGCUCUAUUGCUUCCGUCGACAGAGGGAGAUGAUAAAAGACCAGCCAUGUGCUUGGAGGCCACACUAAGGACAAGAGACCACGAGGAGGGGGAAGGGGAAGAAGAGCAACAAGGGGAGAAGCGAUAAUGGGCAACAGCUUGAGAUGUUGCAUCGCUUGCGUGCUCCCUUGCGGGGCCCUGGACAUGGUGCGGGUUCUUCACGCCGACGGCCGCGUCGAUGUCUACGCCGGCGGAGUGACGGCCGGGGAGGUCAUGAAGGCCUACCCCAAGCACGUACUCGGCCUCCCCACCUGCCAAAACCUGGUCCAGAAGCCCACCAUCCUGCACCCGGAGGCCGAGCUCCAGAAGGGGAAGAUCUAUUUCCUCAUACCAACCUACUCCCUCCAGAAGAGACCGAACAACAACAAGACCAACGACGCCAGCAGAAGCCCCACUCCUACAGAAUUGAACACACGUCCUGCGGACCGGACGCAGGGGCACCAACGUCCACCGGCGGCGAAAGCGGCAGAGGACGAUUACCCGACGCCGAAGGGGCUGCAGAGGCCAUCCGAUCGCGACCGGCCUGUUUCUCAGUCCCCAAGGGUCCACAGGAGGAGGAGCAGGCGUGUAGAAAGCUGUAAAGUCAGUAUGUGGAGGCCUGCUCUGCAGAGUAUCUCCGAGGCAGAUUUCGUGUGAAUUUUUCUGUAAAUUCGGGCCUUGUUGAAUGGGAUGGGGAAGUUGUCUCUCCUUUCGGCUUGUCGAAUAUUUUCCUCUUCUUCCUAUUUACUCUUUUCCUUUUAUUGUCGGGAUGAUCAAGCUCGAUGCUUCCUGUUGGAGGAUUCUAAUUCCCCUCGCUCUUUGAUCAUGUAAGAUGUUAUCCGCCAUUUCUUGUAAAAAAAUAUAAUAUGGCAGCAGGAAUCCCGUGGGAAAAUAAAGUGAAAAGAGAAGGUAUUGUGAAUAAACAUGGCAGCGUCGACGGUGAGAAUACUUUUCGGCCGAUCAUCUGGAUCAUCUCGUCCCAUGUCCUUGCAUUCGUUCCAAAACUCGUCUAUUUUUCCAUUCACAUCGGAAUGGAUGGAUUGCUCGUACUCAUGUACAAUUGGUCUUCAGUUGCCGGAAAUUCAGAUUGCUUUUAUGAAAUAUGAAAAAA